AAUCGCUGGCUUAUCAUCUCAUGAUCAAAAUUUUCAACGGCUGUGAUCUAUCGAUCAGAAUGGUCUGUCCCACAGCGGAAAUAUUGAGUCGGUCUAUGCAAACAAGAAAGCGACCCCAUUCUCUCCUCCUCCAUCUCCGCUCCUUUUUGCCACUGAGGUGGAUUCAGCUCUUGAUAAAUUAUACUAGUACUAGUAUAAAAAUUUAAUCUUUAAUAUACCCAUCUUUUUUUUCUAUUGUUUUUCCAUCUAAUCAGAUCAACCCUAGUUUUUUUAAUUUUGGUGUUGAUUCAUUGUUCCCCUAUUUAUCUGAAUCUUGAUUUGCUAUUUUUCUUCAAGUUCUUUUUUUCCCCUGUUCCUAUCUAUUAAAGAUUUUUUCUUGAAUAAAGAUUCAAUUUUUAUUGAUUAUGUCAUCAAGAAACUCUCUCUUCACAAUCCCUAGACCAUGCGAGCAUCUAGUGGAUUACAAGAUGAAGCACGGAUUAAAGGGUUACAAUUCGAUCCAAGAUUUGUUGAAGUUCAGCCCUUGUGGUAGAAUAACGAUUGAUAAAUCACAGACCAGAUGCAGUUCCUUUUCUGGCGGCAGAUUGUUUAUGUGUUUGAUCUGCUCCUCAGUUACAUGCUGCCAAAAUCAUGAAUCAAAUCAUGCCCUUUUGCGUAGUAAAUCUGUUUGUGGUCAUGAGAUUGGUGUUGAUAUGGAGAGGGCUGAGCUCUACUGCUCCGUGUGCUGUGAUCAGGUCUAUGAUCUUGAAUUUGAUAGAGUUGUGAUGUGCAAGAAAAUGUUGGGGUUGGUUAGAAAUGGGGAUAAUGGGGUUGUGGAGAGUGGUCAGCUGAGGCUGAGCAAGAGGAGGAGGUUGGAUUUUGGGGCUGAUUUGGGGUCGGAGAGUGUGAAGAGAUUGGUGUUGGUGAGUAAGCAGAUGUCGAAAUCGUGCCUCCCGUUGGGGUUGAGGGGGUUGAACAAUCUUGGGAAUACUUGCUUCAUGAACUCUGUGUUGCAGGCAUUGCUUCAUGCACCCCCUUUUAGGAAUUACUUUCUCAGUGAUAGGCAUAACCAUGAGAGGUGUAGGAAGACCUCUGCUGAUAGGCUGUGUUUGCCUUGUGAUGUGGAUGUCAUCUUUGAUGCUGUUUUCUCGGGUGAUCGGACGCCUUACAGUCCUGCUAAGUUUCUCUACAGCUGGUGGCAACACUCAGAGAAUCUUGCUAGCUAUGAGCAGCAAGACGCGCAUGAGUUCUUUAUCUCAAUGCUAGAUAGGAUCCACGACAAGUUGGGGAAAUCUAGUCUUGCAAAUAAAGGAAAUGUGGACUGCCAGUGUAUUGCUCACAGGGUAUUCUCAGGGAUUCUGAGAUCGGAUGUCACGUGCACAUCGUGUGGGUUCACGUCUUCGACCUAUGAUCCGUGCAUGGACAUCUCCCUCGACUUGAACACAGGCGCCUCCGCUGCAGCUGACUUCAGCAGCCGGCCCAAGCUGAAUGAGACCUUAGCAGGCUGCUUCGACCUCUUCACGAAGCCAGAGAGGUUGGGACCGGACCAGAAACUCUACUGCGAGAACUGCCAUGAGAAGCAGGACGCGCUGAAGCAGAUGUCUCUGAAGAAGCUCCCGCUCGUCCUGUGCCUCCACAUCAAGCGAUUUGAGCACUCUCCAAUCAGGAAAAUGUCGAGGAAGAUUGAUCGGCAUCUUCAGUUCCCAUUCUCCUUGGACAUGAGGCCUUAUCUGUCCUCUUCUAUAGUGAAGAAGAGAUUCGGGAAUAGGAUGUUUUCUUUAGAGGGAGAGGAAGCAGAUGUUUCUUCGACUGAGUUUGAGGUUUUUGCAGUGGUGACUCACACCGGGAUGUUGGAAUCUGGGCAUUAUGCGACGUAUCUGAGGCUGAGAAACCAGUGGUAUAAAUGUGAUGAUGCUUGGAUCACAGAAGUUGAUGAAGAAGUGGUUAGAACUUCACAGUGCUACUUGAUGUUUUAUGUGCAGAAGGUGUUUUACCACAGAGGGAGUGAAGAUCUCGGGUGCCAGCACAUGUCACCACUGGCAGACGCGUUCGUCCCUAUAGCUGGCUGUUGCUAGCCGGAGACGGCUGAGUGUGUUUCUUGUUGGGUUUUUUUCAGCCUCGGCAUCACUGUAAACGACCCUUGCAAUGCAACUAUGUACAGAUAUUAACUGUUUAACAUUUGACAGGGGAAGGGUUUUGGAUUUA